UACACAGUACAGUUUUCGAAUCGCAUGUACAGCGGAACCGGCACCAGGGCUUGACCUUCCGAUUCCUUUUCAUCUGUCGCAAGAUUUUCCAAUUUCUUCUUUCCCUUUUCUUUACCGCUUCAGCAUUGAUUUGUUAAUUUGUAUCAAUGGCUUCAUGUUGCCCGUGCCAUUGCAUCUAUUUUUUUAUUUAAUAUUAUUGGAUAAGUGAAAAUAGCGGGCCGGUGCUGGCGUGAGUGGAUUUCCCCGUUUUUGUUCCGCCGCAAUCGAGCGAUCUGAGAGGGGUCAAAGACCUCGGAUGCCAAAGGUUGGUUUUUUGGCGGCGUUGUUUCUUGGUUCCAAUUGGGUUUCGUGGUCGGUUUGUGGACGCUGAGGUUAAGAAUUUUUUUGUUCGGAAUUUUUGGAAUUAGGGUUUCGGUUUAAACCUAUUCUUUAAUCAGAUUUUUGGGGGCUAACUGACAAGUUAAGUUCCCUUCGAUUUUGUCCUGUGGUUUGGAUUUCUGUUGGUGUCAGUUUUUCUUCGCUGGUUUCAUCCUUUUGGUUGCACCAGCGUAGAAACCAGGACUUGGGGAUCGCAAAAUUACUUCUAUAUUUAUUUGGGGCAAAAAGAUAUGCCGAGGAGUUCGAGGCACAAAUCUCAUAAGCAAAGCAAACGCAGUUCGAAGGAUUAUUCAGACUCGGAAGAAGAUGUGAUAAAGAAGAAAGAUAGAAGUAGCAAAGAUGACAGUUUGACGAGGGCUCGUAGGGAUUCAACAUCUGGUGAGAAGCGAAAAUUUUCAUCCGAAGUCCCAGAAGGCGCAGGCACCAAGGAUCUUGCAGGUGAUGGCGUGGACGAGUAUUCUUCAUCCAGACGGCGGAAAGAGAAGGAAAGAACUGAUGCAAGUGAUAGAUGGAGUGGAGGUGGAGAUGAUAGAGGGGAUAGUGAUAGAAAUACUGAAAAGGUAUCUCAUAAAAGGGAUAGCCUGAAGAGUGGUAGUAAAUUGAAAGAAAAUAGCAGUAGAAGCGAAAGCUUAAGAGUUGAUUCCAAGAGUAAGAGUAAACGGCAUGAGAGUGCUUCUGAUGAGAAAAAAGAGGACAGCCUAGCAUCUGUACUAGUGGAGAAGGAGGAGGGUAAGAGUAGGGGGGAGUCAAAGCGUAGGGGUGGGAGUGAGAGGGAUUCUGCUACUCAUAAAGAAGGAAAGGAAUUGAAGGACAGAGACCAAAGGGACAAGGAGAGGAAUGGAGAUGAAGAUAACAUGUGUUGUGAUCCCGACAUGAAUGUCAGAAAUAAGCAGAAACAGAUUGGAGAUUUCAGUGAGGAGAGACAGAGUAAACGCACUAGGGAGAUUGCGGAUCAAACUUUACAGGAUGAAUUGUGUGUUACUGAGUCUGAGAAGGAUGCUGAGAAAACAAUGCGAAGGAAAAAAGAGGGUUCUGGUGAAAAAGAAAAACGUUACAAUGAUUCUAAAGAAGGUGAGAGACAAUUGUCUUCAAAACUUGACUCUUCCAAGGAUUUGAAGUACAAAGAUAACAAACUAAAGGAUGGAGUUUCUGAUGAUAACUAUCUCGAUGAUGGCCACAAAGAUGAGAGACGACGAGAUGAAAAGUACCGGGAAGAUGAUGACAAAGACUCUAAAUAUUAUGAUGAUAAGUACCGAGAUGGGGAUAAAAGUAGGAGACGCAGAAGUGAUAAAUAUCGUGAUGAUGGCAAUAGAGAUGGCAGACGCAAGGAUGAAAAAUGCCGUGAAGAUGGAGAAAAAGAUAGUAGGCGUAAGGAUGAUAGGUAUCGAGAAGGUGUUGAAAGAGAAAGUCGACGAAGUGAAAAGUAUCGUGAAGAUGGUGAUAGGGAUAGAAGACGCAAGGAUGGGCAGUAUUAUGAUGAUGGUGAUAGAGAGUUGGUGCGUAGAGAUGAAAAGCAUAGGGAUGGUGGAGAUAGAGACGAAAGGCAUAGGGAUGGUGGAGAAAGAGAAGAAAGGCAUAAGGAUGGUGGAGAUAGAGAUGAUAGGCACCGGGGAAGUCGCUAUAGAGACGAUGGCCAUAGGGAUAGCAGGCACAAGGAAGAAAAGUAUCGAGAAGAUGUUGAAAGAGACAAUCGGCUUAAGGAUAGUAAGCCAGAGGAUGAACAUGAUAGAGAGAAGAGACCUAGAGACCCUAAAUAUAGAGAUGAACGAUCCUCAAGAGACUACUCUAACUAUAAGUCUGACUACAAGCAUGCCAAAGAUGAUGACAGUGCUGUUGAUCAUCGUAAAUUUAAAUUAAGUGCAUAUGACAAUAGCCCAAUUCAUGAUGAUCGGCCAACAAAGUAUAGAAGAACUAAUGAAAAAGAGGAUCAUGGUGAUAACCGAUCUCAAGCUGCAAAAAACCAAAGAUCUGAUACUGAAAGGUUAAGUUCCAGUGGUGCGAAAAUAGAGCCGACUGCUGAUAGAACAAAGGUCCAGAAGCAAGAUGAAUCCAGGUGUGAGGAUCACGAGGAGAAAGUUAGACACUUGAACCCAGACAUUGAUCAAACUAGCAAUCUUCUAGGAUCCGAUAAGUUGUCUGAGUCAUUGGAAAAACUUGGUAAAAAAGAUGAUGUUCAUUUAAGGGAGUUAUCUGCCGAAAGGCGUUUUCGGCCAUCACCCUCCAAGGUAGUGGAUAAGUCUCCAUCAUCAAGUAUUGAUAGGAAACAAUUCAAUAGACAUGAUGUUAGAAGAAGCGCUGAUUUUGAAGAUUCAACACAGAGGGGUGGUGUUUCUCGAGACUGGAAGGAGCAUUCUGGCAAGGAAGGCAGGGGGAGCAGGGAGUUGAACAUGGAUGUAGCUAGAGAAGAACCUCUACAGGCUGAUGCAGACACUUUGUCUUCACCUUUUGUGAGAAACAGACAUUUCUCAAACAGUUUUAAAUCAUCGGCACCUCCUUCCUACAGGACUGGUUUGGGUAGCCCUUCACUGUCAGGGUCAGCUGAAGAUGAGGGUAGAGGGAAGUCCAAUAUCCAUCAUAGGAGGACUGGAGAUUCAGGCAUGGGAAGAGUACAUGGAAGUCCUUGGGGAGGUGUUCCAGGCUGGCCUUCUCCUGUGCCGAAUGGUUUCAUGCCAUUCCCUCCACAUGUCAGUUUUCCUUCAGUUAUGCAGCCAUUUCCUGCUCCGCCAAUGUUUGGUGUCAGACCAACAAUGGAGUUUGAUCAUUCAACCCCUUAUCAUAUACUUGAUAGUAACAGGUUUGGGGGUCCCAUGGGCCCGAUGGGAUGGGGGCAUCAGGUUGAUAGUACAGGUACUCCGUUACAUUCCUGGGAUGCAACAAACUCCACUUUUAGUAACGAAACGCAUAUUCAUGGUCGGUCAGGCUGGGACCAUUUUAGGAAUCUACCUGGUCAUCAAGGGCUGCAUAGAACUGAAGGCACGGAGAUGCCAUACUCUGAAAAACAGAAUGAUUCAACUCGAUUCGGAGAAGCUUUGGGUGACAACUCAGACCAGCCAGCUCUGCUGAAUCAACCAGCAGAGAACAAGACAGUUGGUCAGUUGACCAAGAGCUCUGGAAAGGAUGACAAUGAGACUCCCCUUACAAGUCUGGAGGAUAGGAAUAAUUUGUCCAGAAAUGAUGUUCGCCUCUGCCGUACUUACCUUUCCAAACUUGACAUAGCUGCAGAUCUUGUUGAACCCGAGUUACUUAGUGAGUGCACAGGCUUGAUUGAUAUGAAUCCUAUAGUUUGUGAUGCCUAUGAAUAUCGAGUCCUGCCUAUUGAGGAUGGAAAAGCCAAAAUGGCCUCUCAAGGAGUUGUGAGACACUCACUGUUUGCAGCUACUGAUGAUUCUAUUUUCCAGAAAUCCAUGUCCAUGUAUAAGAGGCACAAAGAGGUUUUGUUCCCCACGGAAGGUGGUGAGCAACUCAAACCAUCAAGCAAUUUCAUCCCAAGCUCAAAUCAAGAGGAUGAAGAUUUUGUGCAUGAUAAAACUGAGAUGAAGGACAACAUGGAGGAACAUCCUGAGAAUUCUGAUCUGCAAAAACCAGAUCCAACUGGAAUCUCCAAAGAGGCAAUUUCUAGCAGUGAUCUCAUGAUGGAGUCGAACCCAGAUUCUAACCUGGGGCAACAGGAUUUAGAUGUCGAGAACCCUUUAUCUGCUGCAAACAUUGAGGGAUCCGAUGCUCUACCUGAUCAGGUGAAAGAAGAGGCACCCACAGACUCUGCUGCCUGUAGCGAUGAGGAGGUGAAGUUGGUAGACACUAAUUGUGGUUCCAUACUUAAUUCUGAUAUGUUGCCUGAGUCAAUGAUGUCGGGGUCAGAUAAUUUAAGUCGGAUACAUCUUUCUCCUGAAAGCGCACAUUGAGACAUUUUAUUCUUCCCAGUUUUUGAAAUGCCUUAUGUUAUCUA